AUGCUAGCGGUACUGGCUCUAACAAUCGGCCUGCUCUACUAUUUGCUCAACCAAUUCUACUUGAAACGCCGACAUCUUCCGCCCGGACCUAUCCCUCUUCCCAUUUUCGGCAAUCUUCUCUCCCUCUGGCGUCAGGAACGAUGGGAAAACAAAUUCCUGCAGUGGCGAAAGCGGUACGGCGCCAUCUACACCUACUGGAUGGGCGAUCUUCCCUUCGUCGCCAUCAACGAUCACUCAUUGGCGCACAAGGUUUUCGUGAAAAAUGGCGGGAAUUUCGAGAACCGCUUGGACUCGAGGUUCUUGUUGAAGUACCUGGGAAAUGAGGACAAAAUCCAGACGCCUAUUGAGGUGCCACAGAAACAGAGGAAGUUUGCGGUGGCGGCGUUCAAGCACUUCGGAUUUGGAACACGACAGAUUGAGCAAAAUGUAAGAUUUUGGGGUUUUUUGGAGGGGAUAGGGGUGGGAAGGGAAUAAAAAGUAUAUUUUGGUAUUUUUAGAGACAAGAUUGAGACUUUUUGAAAUUUUUUUUGUGUGCUGCAAUAUUUAAAGGGGUUUUUUUGUACAGCAUGGGGAUAAUGGGCCUUUAAAAAUUAAUGAUUUUCAGAAUUUCCGGUCAUAAAAACAAUUUUCAAAAUAAAUUUUUUCUUUCCAGACACAAUGAAAAAACCCUUUUCAAAUUUCCAAAUCUUACUAGGAGUGCCUCUACGAACACAUUUUCAUUCAAAAAGAUUCCAUUUUUUCCAAAAAACUUUUUUGCUGAAAAAUGAUAAGUCUGAGUCACACGCUUACUAAGCGCUAAUUGACCUUUAUCACGAUGUGUGGGUUGUUCCGGUUGAACAUGCAACUUUCAAAGAAGCCCAUAAAAAAAAGUGUGAUAAGCCGACGCCCGGAUGGUAAAUAUUAAUCGUAAUUAAUUGUAUUGAGGAAUUUAAUUUUCGAUCAUUAUCGAUUUUAUUGGGCGAAUGCAUCCGGAAAAAAAAGCGGAGGAAAAAUUUUGACAAUUUUUGCCAAUUGAUCCUAAAUAGGCCACAAAUUAAAUUCCAAAAUUUUUUAGCUCGCCUUUUGUAGGUACAACUGAGAUUUCUACCGUAUCAUUUUUUCUACCGUAUGAUUUUUUUUGCAAAUUUUUUGUCAUCACGCGACGCACUCUUAGCGAAAAAACCUUUCCGUUUUUUACGACACUAGUACAACCUACCGUAGGCAAAAGGCAAACGUCCAGUCGUCCCUUCUUUGAUAAGGCCCUUCUAAGAGUGGAUUAUGUGGAGGUUGACGUCAAUCAAAAGAUCCCGCAAGACGAUUGUCUUUUCGUUCUAUUUUUGAGCUUGAGGUUUGUAUUCGGUCCGUGCUUUUGGGGGAAGAAACUUUUCUAAAAUGGAGUAUGGAGGUCAGAGGCCUAGAUUGAAAAAAAUUUUAGAGGAAUAGAAAAACUUGGGAAAUAAAAAAGGAAAAAUAAAAAAAAAUUUAAUCGAAAAAUAGUUUUUUAUUUUUUUCAGAUUAUCACCGAAAUCCAGCGAAUGUUCAGCAAGAUUAAUGCGGAUUUGGAUGCCGGAACCGACGAAAUGCAGCUUUACAAACACACUGAUUUGGCAGUUGGCUCUCUUAUUAGUCAGAUCAUCUGCGGAUACAAGGCCAACACCAAGGUAAAAUUUGUAGAAUUUUAAUUUUUUUUUUUGAACUACUCACAACUUAGUACAACGUAUUUUAAACACAUUUUAGCGAUCUUUUAAGGAAUCUAUAGCUUUUUUGCAAUUUUCUCACCAAAAAAAAUUUCUUCGUAUAAAAUGUCACUCACCCAUCAAUUUUUCGAAAACCUUAUAAAAUAUUCAAAUUUCAGGCCUCGGAAAAGCGUCUUCUCCACAUAAAAGAGCAGACCGCGCGAGUGUCGAGUGUCUCGACCAAUCUUUGGAGCAACUUGAUCUUCUCCUACCCCUGGAUUCUGAAUCUUUCGUUCCUCUCGAAUGCGGGCAAAGAGGGGGCCGCAAUUUACGCCGAGAUCCUCGACUUUAUGGGGGAGCAAAUUGAGAAGCAUCUGGAGGAGAACGAGUACACCGACGACUUCGAGGCCACCGAUUUUAUCGACGCAUUUCUGAAGGAGAAGAGGCGCUUGGACGAAGUGGAUCCCACACAAAAUGACUUCAGCCUGGCCCAAUUAAAAUCCAUGUGCUUCAACUUGUGGGUGGCGGGACAGGAGACCACCAGUCUGACGAUAACCUGGACAAUUGCCUUUGUUUUGCGACACCCAGAAGUGCAGCAGAGAAUCCACGAAGAGUUGGAUCAGAUCAUCGGCUCGGACAAAAUGAUUACUAUCGCCGAGAAGCCGUUGUUGUCCUACGUCAACGCUGUUGUGAUGGAAGCAUUGCGAUGUGCGAAUUUGCUGGGACAAAACCUGACAAGAGUGGCGGAGGAGGACAUUGAAAUUGAGGGAUAUUUGAUCAAAAAAGGGACUGUGGUCCUGCCGCAAGUAUCGGUGAUCAUGCAGGACGAAAAAGUAAGAUUUUUGAGUUUUCUGAAGGGAAAAAUUUAAGGUUAUAUUCUGGACAAUUAACACAUUUUUUUGGGAUUUGAAUAUCUUAAUUUGGAUAUUCAAAUUUUCAUAAAUUUAACCAACGUUAGGAUGCACAAAAAUUACAAUUUUUCAAGUCAUCUUUUUUCAGGUUUUCCCCGAGCCUCAGCGCUUCAACCCUUCUCGAUUCAUCGACGAAAACCAAAACCUCAAAAACCCCUCCGAAUUCAUCCCAUUCUCUCUGGGCCGACGAAUGUGCAUCGGCGAGUCCUUGGCCAAAAUGGAGCUGUUUUUGAUCACUGCCAACCUGUUUAAUCGGUACACAAUCCUGCCGGGAAAAGAGUUGCCAACACUCCGGAAAACCAGCGGAAACUCGACGGACACCGAGCUUUAUCGGUGCAGAUUGGAGAGAAGAUGGUAG